CAUGGGAAGCGCACUUUUGCACUCACAGAAGAACCUGAGAGGAACCUGGACGCAGGCAGCAUGGGUGUCUGGAACUCAGGCGCUGUCGUCUUCCUAAGUCUUUGGGGGAUAUAUGUGUCUCCCAGAAGCCCUGGCUGGAUGGCCUUUAUCCAACACUGCGGAGUCUGCUGUUUUGUGGCUUUCAUUUCAGUGGGGCUUCUCUCUGUGGCCUCCUCCUGGCUUCUGUCCUCACUCACGGUCUUCAGCACCUCCUGGGUGAUCACGGGCGCUCUCCUCUGCUGCUCCAAGCAUGCGCGAUGUUUCAUUCUUCUCUUCUUCCUCUCUUGUGGCCUGCGGGAAGGCAAGAGCGCCUUGAUGGCCGCCGGCACGGGGAUAGUAAUCUUUGGACACGUGGAAAAUAUUUUUCACAACUUCAAAGGUCUCCUGGAUGGUAUGACUUGCAACCUAAGGGCGAAGAGCUUUUCCAUACAUUUUCCACUUUUGCAAAGAUAUAUUGAAGCAAUUCGGUGGAUGUAUGGCCUUGCCACUCACCUGAAUCUAUUUGAUGACCUUAUUUCUUGGAACCAGACUCUAGCGGUCUCUCUCUUCAGUCCCACUCAAGCCCUGGAGGCACAGUUAAAUGACGCCAAAGGCCAAGCCCUGGGUGUCUUGUAUCAGAUGGUGACAGCAACGGAGGCAUUGUCCUUGCUGGGUCAGCAGCUGCUUGCCCUGACAGGGCUUCUCCUGGUGCUUCUUGGCACCGGCCUCUUCAUGAAGCGAUUUUUGGACCCCAGCGGUUGGAAGUUUGAAAACAUCUUCAUCACCAAACAAUUUGUUCACUUCGAUGAAACAGAGAGGCGUCUACAGAGGCCAGGCGUCCUCCCGCUGAAUAAGGAGGAAAGGAAGAAAUACGUCACCAUUCCGUCUUUCUGGUUGUCUGCGAAAGAAAGGAGAAACCUGGGGCUGUUUUUCCUCCCCAUACUCAUGCACCUCUAUAUCUGGGUGCUGUUCGCAGCCAUCGAUUAUCUGCUGUAUCGGCUCAUUCUCUCAGUGAGCGACCGUUUCCGAAACUUGCCCGGGCUUGAGGUUCACUUGAAACAGCACAGAGAGGAGCAAGGAACUCAAGACAUCAUCUAUGAUUCUUCCUUUCACAUAUCUCUGUUCGAACCCACCUGCAUCCCUGAACCAAAGCUCCUUCUGUCUAAGACCUGGGUUCCUCUCAGCAUCAUUCUUGUGAUUCUAGUGGUACUGGGCUUGCUGUCUUCCAUCUUGACGCAACUCAAAAUCCUGGUGUUGGCCUCCUUCUACCCCAGCGUGCAGGCCGCCCGCAUCCGAUAUCUGCAUGGGAAGCUACUGAAGAAAAGAUCAAAGCAAGCAGCGGGAGGAGGAAGCAGUCAACAGCGUCCCUACUUCACUAAGAUUCACUUCUGGCUUCCAGUCCUGACAAUGAUUAGGAAGAAACGAACAGGCCUGGCAGUUGAAGGCAAUCCGUGAGAGACUCCGAGGAGCUCCGCGGCCAUACAGCUGCGUCCGUUCUCCUGGGCUCUGCCCCCGAAGGUCCCCAUGCCCCAUGCCCCACAGAAGAGAACUGCGUUCCAUGCACCUGCUGGGGUUU